UCUGUCAUGUCGUCCGCGCAAUAAACGUCAUCGGAUUGUGUACAAUUUGAAUUCCACGUAGCUUUUGUGAUUAUUGGCUUAAAUAAUAUUAAAUUACACAAGAAAAUAGGAUAUAUUUUACAUCUAAGUGUUAAAAUUCAGAAAGCCAUCAAAAUGAGCCGACAAUCAAACGAGGUCGAUGAGCUGUUUGACGUGAAAAACUCGUUUUAUAUCGGUAACUACCAGCAUUGUAUUAACGAGGCCAAUAAAGUUUCGAAAACAUCCCUUGAAAAGGACACCUUCCUGUAUCGAGCAUAUAUCGCCCAGCAUAAAUAUCGCGUGGUAUUGGACGAAAUAAAGCCAAAUAACGACACGCCACUGCUUGCUCUGCGCUAUUUGGCCGAGUAUCUUUCCAAUAAAUCUCGCAAGGAUGCGAUUGUGAACUUAAUCGAUGAUAAGUUUAAGGAGGACAUCAACUCGUUGGAUGUGAUCUGGAUCAUUGUUGGUGCUACCAUUUACUGUAAUGAAGGAACAUACGAGUCAGCUCUGAAAAUUCUACAUGGUAAUUUCAACCUGGAAUGUCUGUCGUUACAACUGCAAUGUUUACUGCACAUGAGCCGAGUGGAUCUGGCCAAGCAAGUUCUGCAAACAAUGCAGGAGAAGGAUGAUGACGCAACCCUGACUCAGUUAUCGCAAGCUUGGUUGAACAUCCAGCUUGGCGGAGAGAAAUUGCAGGAUGCAUUUUUCAUAUUCCAAGAUUUCUGCGAUAAAUUUUCCCCUUCGCUAUUGCUGCUGAAUGGCCAAGCUGUAUGCUACAUUGGACAGCAGAAGUAUGAUGAUGCCGAGAAUGUUUUGAGAGAAUGUUUGAAUCGUGAUCCUAACAAUUAUGAUACACUUAUCAAUUUGUUAAGUUUGUCCCAGCAAAAGGAGAAAACUAACAGCCAGUUCAAUCGAUAUUUAUCGCAGGUGCUUGAUGAGCAUAAGGAUAGUGCAUUGGUUGCGACUUACAACAAGAAGCAAGCUGAAUUCGAUCGGUUGGUUCUACAGUUUGGCCCAUCAAGUGGGAAAUCCGCGCAGGAAAUUAGCGCAUAGUGCGGAAAGCGACCGAUAUAGGCAUUAAAUGUAUCGAUAUAUUCUAUUCAAAUAAUAUAUUAAUAAACGUAAAAUUUCGACACACUCCAAAAA